AUGACGCACCACUUUCCUACACUCUCGGAGGCCCAGAAGAGGGAGCUGCAUGAGACCACUCUACGCAUAGUUUCUCUAGGCAAGGGCAUCCUGGCUGCUGAUGAGUCUGUGGGCAGCAUGGCUAAGCGGCUGGCACAGGUUGGCGUGGAGAACACGGAGGAGAACCGCAGGCAGUUCCGGCAGAUUCUCUUCAGUGCAGACGAUCGCAUUAACAGCUGCAUUGGAGGGGUCAUCUUCUUCCAUGAGACGCUGUACCAACACUCUGAUAACGGUGUUCCCUUUGUCAAAAUGAUCAGGGACAGGGGCAUCAUGGUUGGCAUCAAGGUUGACAAGGGUGUUGUCCCCCUCGCUGGAACUUCUGGAGAGACCACCACACAAGGCCUCGAUGGUUUGGCAGAGCGCUGUGCACAGUACAAAAAGGAUGGAGCUGUCUUUGCAAAGUGGCGCUGUGUUCUCAAAAUUAGUGAUGUCAAUCCUUCUCAACUGGCCAUUGCAGAAAAUGCAAAUGUACUUGCACGCUACUCCAGUAUUUGCCAACAGCAUGGCAUCGUCCCCAUCAUUGAGCCUGAGAUUUUACCUGAUGGAGAUCAUGACUUGAAACGCAGCCAGUACGUCACUGAGAAGGUCCUGUCUGCUGUGUAUAAGGCCAUGUUGGACCAUCAUGUGUACCUUGAAGGCACUCUCCUCAAACCCAACAUGGUCACUGCUGGACACAGCUGUCCUACCAAAUACAGCCCAGAAGAGGUUGCUAUGGCAACUAUCACCACCUUGCGCCGCACCGUUCCUCCAGCAGUCACAGGAGUGGCUUUUCUGUCAGGUGGGCAGAGUGAAGAAGAGGCCUCUAUCCACCUCAACGCCAUCAACAACUGCCCUCUGGCCAAACCCUGGAUCCUGACAUUUUCCUUUGGCAGAGCCCUGCAGGCGUCUGCACUAAGAGCCUGGAGAGGACAUAAAGAGAACGAGAAAGCUGCCACAGAGCAGUUCAUCAAGAGAGCCGAGGCGAAUAGUCUGGCAUGUCAGGGGAAGUACACGUGUGGUGAUCAUUAUGGAGAGGUUGGCCAGCACAUCUAUGGUUCCUGCCAUGCAUACUGA